AUGGAUUUAGAAAUAGUAAUAAAUUACGAACAAAACCAGCCUGCAAGCAAUGAUUUGUGUGAGUUAUUUGAUGAGUUGGAAGAAUAAAAUGAAAAAUAUCAUUUAUAUAUGAAUCGUGGAUCUAGAAGGGAAAUGCUUGAUAGAUAUUAAGUUUAGAAUAAUCAUUAUGCAAUUUUUGAUGGUCAUGGGUCCUCUCAUGUUGUCGAUUACUUAUAGCAGAAUUUGUUACAAAGAUUACAAAAUGAAAUGUCAGAUGAGGAAUAUAAAAAAGUGUUUAGUGACAUUGAUAACAAUUUAAGUCAAUACAUGUAAUCUGGGUCGGUUGCUAUAUUAUUGUCUAUUUAAAAUAAAACUGUUACAAUAACAAAUCUAGGAGAUUCCAAGGCUAUUGUAUUCCGAGAAAAUUCAUUUGAAUAAUUAAAUUCUAUUCAUAUACCCUAAUCCAAAGAAGAAAAUUAGAGAAUCCUUAAAUAAGGAGGUCUAAUUACAAAGAGACAAAACAUUUGCCGAGUAUCAGGAUCUUUAACUGUUACAAGAUCAUUUGGUGAUUUUUAUCUUAAAAAGUACAUUAUCAGCGAGCCUGAGAUCUUCAAAUACUAGAUCUCAGAAGGUGAUAAAUUCAUAGUUAUGGCGAGUGAUGGUUUCUGGAAUGUAAAUAUAGCAAAUUUAUUUUAGGAACUUUCGGAAUAAGAAAUUUUAUAGAUCAUUCAGAAACUUGAUCAAAACAAGAAUUUAGCAAAAUAGUUAUAUCAAGCAAUAUCAAGUGAUUAUAUAAGAGACAAUGUAACUAUAAUGGUAUUCCCAUUAUGA